AUGCCGCGCUGCCUCAUGGCCAAGAAGUGGAAGGUGGCCCCUGCGGCGGAGCUGGCCGAGGAGUCUGACGAGGAGAUCGACGUGGUUGGCGAGGGGCGCGGCCGCAGCCCCGCGCCCGCCGCCACCGCCCCGGGUCCUUCUCCCAGAGACCCCGAGCCAACGCUCCUCUACAACGGUAAGGAACCUCCGCAGGUGACAGCUCUGGUCGCGCGCUGA